AGGAGGGAGGAAGGCGGCGGCGGCGGCGGCCUCGACGUCGACGACCGCGCCGCCCGCGAUGGGAAGUGCCUUAUAAAGACACAGCUCGGCCCGGCCCGACCGACUUGUCGCCGCGCUUCCCCGCGAGUGCGCGCGGAGGCCGGGGGCGGACCCCGGACAGACCCGGGUCACGACGGACUCCGGUCCUUGACGCCGCCAGACGGACCCCGGCUCCGGACAGACCUCGGACGGACCGCGGCUCCCGGCGGACUCCGGCCGGAUCCCGGCCCCGGGCAGACCGCAGGCAGACCCCGGCCGGGUCCCGGCUCCCGGCUCCCGACAGACCUCGGACGGACCCUGACCCCGGAGAGACCCCGGUCCCGGGCAGACCGCAGGCACACGGCGGCGGCCCGAUCCCGGCCCCGGAGACGUCGGACGCACCCCGGCCCGGGACAGAUCCCGGCCCGAUCCCGGCUCCCGGCAGACCUCAGGCAGACCCCCGGCUCGGCGAGCGGGCCGGAGAGCGGGCGGGGGCCGAAGGCGCCCCCGGAGGCGGGGGCAUGCGCGGCCCGCGGCAUGGCCUCGGCGGUGUUUGAGGGCACCUCGCUUGUGAACAUGUUCGUGCGCGGCUGCUGGGUGAACGGCAUCCGCAGGCUCAUCGUCAGCCGGCGCGGCGACGAGGAGGAGUUCUUCGAGAUCCGCACGGAGUGGUCGGACCGCAGCGUGCUCUACCUGCACCGCAGCUUCGCGGACCUAGGCCGCCUGUGGCAGCGCCUCCGCGACGCCUUCCCCGAGGACCGGCCGGAGCUAGCGCGCGUGCCGCUGCGGCAAGGACUGGUGGCCAUAAAGGAUGCCCACGACAUAGAGACCAGGCUUAAUGAGGUGGAGAAGUUGCUAAAGACCAUCAUAAACAUGCCAUGCAAAUAUUCCAGGUCAGAAGUUGUGCUCACCUUCUUUGAAAGAUCUCCUUUGGAUCAGGUGUUAAAAAAUGACAAUGUACAUAAAAUUCAACCCAGCUUUCAGAGUCCGGUGAAAAUAUCAGGUAAGAGCUACAGGGAAGGCGUGGGGAGGCCAGGUCCUGCCGUGGAUGGCCGUGGUUUUCCGGAAGCCCUCCCAGUUCGCUGGGCACACCUUCUACCCUUGGGAUCCAGAAAGAGGAUCCAAAAGAAUGAUAAGAGUGGGUGGAGGCUGUUACCUGAUUUUCAUGAAACAGUGUUUUCCACCCACCGACCUACAGUUUACACUUCUCCGAUAUCCAAGGGGAGUAACUCGGUAUAUCAAUUGGAAAGGUUUGAGAAUGGCGGUGAAUUUACCUCAGAGCUGGAGGAUGGUGAUGACCCAGCCGCUUAUGUCACCAACCUAUCCUAUUACCACCUGGUCCCCUUUGAGACGGACAUUUUGGACUGAGUCUCUGGUGGGCCCCCACCUUCCCCGGGCCCUUGACUGCUGGUUCUGCCCCGGCUGCAGGGGCCCCCCUGCUGCCCCAGGCCUGGGUCAGGGGGUAUCUCCUCAGUGACAGUGCCCAGGAGGCCCGGGUGUCCUGCCCCUGGAGCAGCGGGGCUUUCCCCUGGUGCAGGGGCCCCCCACGGCCGCCCGGCCACCCCUAGCUCCCCACCAUUCCCUCACCCGACAAGCGUGCACAACAUGGCCUGGGAGGUGGUGAGGAGUUGCCACGGUCUGGACGACACGGGCAGGCAAUGUGAGGUAAUCCAGGAUUUCCCUGGGAACCCAGAUGUGUGGCUUUCAUUUCUCUUUUUCAUCUUCUCUCCAGAAGCUGUGGGUCUGGUGUCAGCCAAAGGGGCUCUUUACAGAAGGUUCCUUGUGGACGGCGAGGGUUGGCUACAGAGACAGGGCAAAUCAUUGCCGAUCAGGUGCGCGUGAGCGGGGACUGAGAAGUACUGAUUCUCCUCCAGAGAAAAGAGUUCCUGCCUGGCCUGCCAGCAUCUCUAAAGCCCUUCAGUGGGGUAGCCAUGCUGGAACCACCCCGGGCUGUGGGAGGUUCACCUCUCCUGCUGUUUACCAAGCUCUCAGUGAUGUCAUUGACAUAUUCACCUGCGGGGGGUGGGGGGGCAGGGAGACCAACAGGAAAGCACUGGCCAAGUCCCCCUUUGCCCCUUGGUGGGGGGCGGUGCGCAGGCAGGUCUGGGUUCUGUGUGCUUAUCUCCUCAUGGGGUCUACUAACGACCAACAUUUGCUAAUGUAAAUAAUAGUAAAUUAUUGAGAAUCCUAAUUCUUUUACACGGUCUGUUUUUUAAUCUAUUUUAAUUAAAUAAAGUGUAUUACUCUACUCCUGGA